AUUAUCGGAUGUAAAGGACGGAUGACUAUGAGAAAGAUCCUUUCUAAUUUGGGCUUUAAUGUUAAUCAUUUCUCGAUCGAUUUUGCAAAAAAUGUCUGUCUUAUUUGUAGGGCCUUCGAUUCUUUCACUUCCAGGCUGACAAUAGUGAUAGACCGGGUGCAUGUACCGCUAUGUAUUAACAAAUUCCUUCAAAGUCGCUAUUGAAAGUGUAUUGCCAGUUUGAUGAAAAUUCGUAGCCUUGCUAAUCUCAGAUCGAGGGCGGCGAUGUCUGCACAUAAGCAACGUGUCAGUGUAUUCUUAGCCGUAGCAUUUAGGCACCUAGUCAAUUGUCAAUCCCAGGGAUGGAUAAGCGAAAAAAAACGACUGAAGAGGAAAGUAUCAAGAGAAAAAUAUCAAAACAAAGCGUUUUCACGGUAACGGGGCGUUUGCGUGAGUCGGCCAUUUUAAGACAACAAGAAGUUUACUCGGUAAACAAUUUUUUUGUUCCCCUUGGUUGUAGCACCGUCGCAGCCAUCAGACUAGCUUUAGCAAGCCAUGACGGCGACGCCAACGAGAACGUCACAAAACAAAAGGUUUAAUGAGCAAAGCAACGGUUCUGCACGAACCUUGGCACAUUUCAUACCCGUCAUCUGAAAAACAGUAACGUGAAAUGACCAAGUUCCAUUAAUUUUGGAGAUUGUGAUCCGCAAUGGCUAACUUUUCGUAUCUUCCUUUGGAAUGAAAAGCUGUCAUUUCAUAUUUAGCCUGAGCAAGGUUUUAGACCGAUAGGCGUACUGAACAGACCUACACAGUUGCGACAUUCAAAGGUAAAAUAUCUAUAAAUCCAUUUUACAAGGCAUCGUCCUCGGCGUCGCCGUAGUCAUUGGUAAAGCUCCCCAGUGAUAAACUCUCUAAGAAGGGCUUGCUUGUAACGUGAGAUAUAGAAUGAUUUUCUAUGUUAUAAUCUGUAUCCCAGAGCCAGUAGAAGAUUCUGCUCCGCCGAUUUCGCGGAGACGUGAAUUUACUCCCGGACCUGUUUUUAGUGAGUUAUUGUUUCUUGGUGAGGAUGCAAGCAUGCAGAUAACCAUUUAAAAUGAAAGAUUACAGUUGGCCUAGCAAAAAGCCCUGCAAAUAUGUCAGAAAACCCACUGAAAAGAUGUAAAAUAUUGCGUGAUUUACUGAGGUCGAUUCAGGAAUGUUUAUCAAGAAAAGCUGUCAGACAAACAAUUCCAAGAAACAAGUGUGAGGUCUUCUAAGAACAUUCAGAUCAAGAAGUACAGAAUAUUUCAGCGCUCUAGCAAACAAAGCUCGACUGUUGACCUAGAAAAUUUGACAUAGGUACAGCUUCAUAGUUAUAAUUUUGGAAACAAGGGCAGAAGACAUAAAUAUUUGUUAUUGUAUCUGAUAUCUUGUAGACGAAGGGAAUUCGUUUUAUGAUAUUAUUAGUAGUGAUAAUUAUGCAUGGAUAUUUUUGUUGUACAUAUAUAGUUCUUUUAUUUUUAGCGUUUAUAGCAAAUACACGCUUAUUUGGAAAAGGGGACCUGAAGUUAGGGUAAUACCCAUAGGAAGUACAAGAAAUAGAAGGAAAGCAACAUGGAGGGAUCUCGGAGAAAGCAAUUUCAGAUGGAAGAUGAUUAUGAGGAGGCCUUAGCCAAAGCGCUGGAGCUGUCGCGUAUGGAUCAUCAACAGAGUCAGAGAGCGAGUGCAAACCCACCUGAUCAAAGUGGCCAGCCUUCGUCCUCAACUCAACGUCCUCCCAUUAAUUUGGCAGACGAUCCUAAGGUUACUGGAGAGGAUUUAAAACAACAAGAUGCCUCUCGGGCAGGAUUAGCCAUUCCACUCUGUCUACCUAACAACUAUAAGUGGAACAAGCAUACGGGCGAGUGCAUUAAAAUCGGAGAAGAGCGUUCUUCGCUUUAUGUUAUUGAGGAAGCACUCGACCAGCUUAAUACCAUUAAAGGUCCUGUAUGCGUCGUGUGCGUAUCUGGCCCAGCAAGGAAGGGGAAGUCUUUCGUAUUGAGUGAAGCUUUUUACCAACCAAACGUUUUCCGUCUUGGACAUGAAUUGGAUCCAGAAACCAUGGGAGUCUGGUUGUGGAUUGUGCCCGAGACCCGGGAUUCCAAUGGCCAGAAAUUUACAGUUGUUCUCUUGGACUCUGAAGGAGUCGGUGAUCCUUCCAGUGAAGACUAUGGUGAUCGUCAGAUCUUUACCUUAACUGUUUUGCUGGCGUCUUUAUUAAUAUACAAUUCAACAAGCGUUCCAAACAGACAUGACGUAGAACAGUUGAAAUUCAUUGUUAACCUCUCGCAGCAAAUUCAGAUACGAUCACACCCCGAAUCCUCAAGCACUUAUAAGGACUCUGCGUAUUUUCGUAAAACAUUUCCUUGCUUCUUUUGGCUCCUGAGAGAUGUGACGCUUUCCAUUCCAAAGGAAUAUGAGGAUAUCAGGGACUACUUUUUAAGAAAGGUUUUUCAAGAAAAAGUUUCAUCAUCCACAGACCAAGAGACAACUGUAGUCGCCAGCAUUCUGGACUUUUUCCCUGUUUUUGCCGCGUUCGAUUUACCUCCUCCUACAGUUAAUAAAGAACUUUUGGAGAACAUAAACCAGAAAAAAAGCCAGCUCAGUCCUCCGUUUUUGAGAGGUUUAGAGCAGUUGAAGGUCAAGUUAGAUACAAUUUUGUGUCCCAAACGCAGUUUCAAUGAUGGGGAAUUCGUCACUGGAGAAGCCCUUGCCGCUCUAGUCAGCGACUACGUCGCGGCCCUGAACACUCCCGGUGCUGUCCCUAAUGUCCAAAGUACAUGGGAGACGUAUAUUCAGACAAAGUGUUCUAAGGUAAAAGCAGCUGCCAUAAAGUUGUAUGAAGGUACAAUGACGUCCCAGCUGGAUGGUGCCUUACCAUGUGACAGUGAGGAGAUUCGCCGUGUUCAUGAGAUGGCAAUGGAGGAAAGCAUGAGGGAAUUUGAAACAGGCACUGUCCAAAUCUCUGCUGCAAGUUGUAAAAACUACUUGGAAGAACUCAUGGAACACAUGGAAAACGAUUUGAAACGAUGGCAUGAGAAGAACCAACGACGUACUAAGGAAGGCUGUCAGGAACUGCUGCAGGACCUCAGAAAAAAGCAUUUGGAUCCCAUUCUCCAGCGGCUGACUGGACCAAACGGAGCUGCAGUCAGUUUUGAUCAAAUAGAAGGUAGCUUCUUGGCCAUUGAGCGUGAUUUUAAGAAGCUAGCAAGGGGAGCCAGAGAUGUUUGUGCCCAAGAGUUUUACAAGUUCCAGCCGGAGCUGCAGUCAGAAAUGGAGAAACACAAGGCGCACUUGAAGCAACUUAAGGAUUACAACGAAAAGUUGUUCCAGGAAAGGAAAGACAGAGCUCUCCGAGAGAAGGAAAUGCAACGGAUACUGGCGGAAAAUGCCCGUUUGCUAGAGGAAACCUAUACAAAACAGAAAGAGAUGGAACUUUUGGUGCAAAAACAGGAGGACGACAUGGAACGUCUGAAAGAACAGUAUAAGAAGGACAUUAAAGAACAAGAAAAACAGAUAGAGAACCGUAUCAAGGCGGAGGUGGAUCUUUACAAGGAAGACAUGGAUGCCAUUGCCGAGCAAAAUAGAGAGAUGAAGGAUAAGAUGGAGCAAAUGGACGAGGCCAUGGAGGAGAAAAAUCAUGAAAUAAGAAGAAUAAAGAUGGCUUCAUCCUCAAAGUACAUGGGAGUGGUCGCAAUCGACUUUGGAACAACCUACAGCGGCUUUGCUUUCUCGUUCAGUGACCAGAGUGGUCAAGGAGGGAUUCACACCAAAAUGAAUUGGGGAGAAAACGAGGAAAGGCGUGGCACUCCGAAAACCCCAACAUCAAUUCUUCUUCGCCCCAAUAAGGAUUUCGAUUCAUUUGGAUACGAUGCGGAUGACAAAUACGUUAACUUCAAGCAGGGGGAGGAUAAGCAGUACUAUUACCUGAAACACUUCAAAAUGGAGCUGCACAAAAGACAGGACUUGGAUCGAAACACCCAACUGACAGCCGCCAAUGGAAAAAACGUUGACGCCAUAACGGUGUUCUCACUUUCAAUGAAAUACUUGAAAGAUGAAGCGGUUGAGACCAUUCGUGAUGCGACUGGGGAUAAAUUUUACAGCGCCGAAGAUUUCCAAUGGGUGCUAACGGUGCCAGCGAUAUGGACAGCAGCAGCUAAGCAAUUCAUGAGAGAGGCUGCAUACCAGGCUGGAAUUGCUUCUCCCGAUAAAGAGGAACAGUUAAUAAUUGCAUUGGAACCUGAGGCAGGUGCAAUCUUCUGCAAGGAGAGAAAAGUGCAAGACUUUCUUGGCCAAACAGGAAGUGCUAAAGUGUCAGAUGCCCUGGUCUCCCCUGGAAAAGGUUACGUGAUGAUGGACAUUGGAGGUGGAACACUUGAUGUCACAGCCCAUGAGAGCCUUGCCGAUGGCAAGAUCAGAGAAAUUUACAAAGUGACCGGGGGUGCUAACGGUGCAAUCUACGUGGAUCGCAACUUUGUCAGUUUGCUUGAAAACCUGUACGGGCAGCCAGCCAUAAAAGAUUUCCGCCUCAGGUAUCCAAAAGAUUGGCUUGAACUGAUGAACAACUUUGAGGAGAAGAAAACAGGACAACGAGCCUCUGAAGGCAAAGUUACACGAAUCCGAGUUCCACCCAAAUUUCUUGAAAUAGUUGCAGGUACCUCUGCAACAGCCGGACGCCCUCAUGAUGUAGAGAUCUCUAAUGAUUACGUCUGCUUGGGGCCGAAGGCCAUGAAGCAACUGUUUCAGCCCGUGGUCAGUGGAAUUGUUGCCCAUAUGGAAAAAGUGCUCAACCACCCCGAGCUUAACAGUGUAAGCUGUUUAUUCAUGGUUGGUGGUUUUGCUAAAUCGGUCAUUCUUCGAGAGGCCAUCGCAACAGCAUUCAGCUCAAGAUGUAGAAUUCUCAUCCCUGUAACUGACCCAGCCAUUGCAGUUGUCCAAGGUGCAACCAUGUUUGGUCAGAAGCCAACUACAAUACGUUCAAGAGUCAUGGCCACAACAUACGGUUUCGACAGUUGGUACAAGUUUGAUCCCAAGGUCCACGACCCUCAAAAGAAGGUCAUUGCAGAAGGUAUUGAACAUUGCAAAGACAUCUUUGAUGUCAUUGUAAAAGAAAAUGAAGCUGUUGAAGUCGGGGAGACAAAGCGCGUCAUUCGGUUUCCAGUAUACAGCGAUCAGAAGAGUGUAGGAUUUAUAUUUUACACCUCUACAGACCCAGACGUCAAGUACACCAAAGACCCUUCCGUUGGACCUUCUAUAGGAAAGAUGACGGUCGAUUCACCCGACACCUCCAAAGGAAGGAAUCGCGAAGUCGAAUUAUCCAUCUUCUUUGGGGGGACGGAAAUAAAAGCGAGUGCCAUUGACAAGACCAGCGGAAAUGUUGCAGCUGUGAAACUCGACUUUUUGAGUAAAUCUUAAAAGUGACUUGAAUACGUUAACUCUUGAUUUACAAUUUGUAUUGUCUAAUCAAUGACAGUAACAUAGAUUCUACAAGAGCUUCUCUUGGAUGGAACGAUGUAUCGAUGUUUGAACGAGCCACAGACAGACAGACAGACAGACAGAAAGACAGACAGACAGACGGACAGAUACAGACAGACAAAACUUACAACUUCUAAAAGAGUUUCUAAUAAACAUAUUUCGUCUGAUAAAAAAGACAAACAAACAACUAAACAAAAAAAGAAAGCCUCUUACUUUCUUUGUGAUUGCAUGUAUCCAACUCGCUUUCCAAUGAAUGUCUUUAAAAUGAUCGGACUUCCUUUAAAGAAGUUCCAUUUAUUUCCGCAGUUUUCGGGUCGGACAAAGUAAAUAGUCUUUCCAAUUACAUUCUGACCGGAAUUUCCUGAUUUUUUGGUAAAAGCUAUAGCAGCCUUAGAUACAAAGAAAACUUAACUAUCUAAAGUAACCAAUUCCGUUAAGUCUAGUACUCCGGUUGUGACUUUGAUAGUUUUCGACGAGAGUUAGUAGUGUAGUGGACUGGUCAGCAGAUUGUACUGUAAGCUUACUUAGACAUACCACUUGUAAAGUGUAAAAUACAAAACUAUUUGUUUUCUUCAUGAACAACAUGGAUUACAAACAAUUGAGAAAGGUUGGUUUCGUUAAAUGGCUUAGAACGCUAGUUUGAUUUUACUGUAUGCAAUCAAAUAGAAUAUCGUGGGAUGCCGGUUUGGAUAGGGUCACCUGUUUGGGACACCAUGAUUGAGACGUCGUCAGCUAUUGAAUCGAAUCAACACAUUUGGACGCUUUGUACAUACCUAUACAAUACACAUUUUAAUACAUUUGUAGGUAGAGAAAAUCCUUCAUAAAGCUGACGAAAAACACUGAAUCACAGAUUACAUUUAACGAUGGCAUGCGUUGCCAGUUGGCCACAGAUCUAGCUUUUGUACCUGUUUUUGCAAUAUUUGGUAGAGAUUGACUGUAUGGUAUGAACUACUUUAAAUAAAGGACAUAUUGCUUGUA